AUGAGCGAUCUUAUCCACGGACUGACCAGCAUCGAAGUCGCAGAACUUACAAAGCGGACCAUUGCAGCUAAAGACGUCGCAUACUGUCCGUACUCAAACUUCCAGGUCGGUUGCGCUCUGCUUUGCGAUGAUGGCUCGUGGGUCAUUGGUGCCAACAUUGAGAAUGCCUCAUACCCGGUCACCAUCUGCGCCGAGAGGGUGGCUCUGGCAAAAGCGAUUACAGAGGGGAAGAAGAAGUAUAGGGCAAUUGGUGUAGCCACAAACAUUACCCCACCAGCAUCACCAUGCGGAAUGUGCCGUCAAUUCAUUCGUGAAUUUGUGAGUCUUGAGACGCCUAUUUUCAUGUACGACAAGAACGCAGAAUACGUGGUCAGGACACUAGAGCAGCUCCUGCCUAUGUCGUUUGGCCCCGAUGAUCUCAACCAUGCUUCGGAGCUCCCCGGCCAUAGCGAUAAGAAAUAA